AUGAGAGCUGCCAUAUUUAUACAAGAAAUUGAUUUUGUUCAAACGAUUUAUAUUUUAAGAAAUCAUUCCUCAAAACGAAUAGGCGAACUUCGAAAUCAUGGACAAUGGCUUUUUAAAAAAUACUUCGUAUCUAUAGAAGUAAUUGUGGAAACUACGCUUGAUAUAAUAGCCGAUAGAAUAUUCCCGUAUUCUGCGAAAAGUUAUUAUACAUGGAAUGAGCCAACAUAUUCAGAAAUACACUCACCAGUUUUAUUUCCAUUAACUAUAUCAAAAAAUGAUGGGUUUACAGCUGUUGUUUUAGCAUAUGAUAGGAUGGAUUUAUUAUUACUUCUGAUUCAGAAACUAUCAAAAGCACCAAGUCUAACUAAAAUUUUAAUUGUUUGGAAUAAUGAAUAUAAACGACCGUUAAAAUUAUCAAAGAUACCUAAAUCGUACAAAGAAAUCAAAAUUUUAGAAACUGAAAAAAAUGUAUUAUCAAAUCGAUUCUAUCCAUUUAAUGAGAUCGAAACAGAAGCAGUUUUAUCUAUUGAUGACGAUAUAAUAAUGUUAACAGAAGAUGAAAUAGAAUUCGCAUUCGAGGUUUGGAGAGAAUUUCCAGAUCGAUUAGUGGGUUUCCCAUCUAGAACACAUGCUUGGGAGAAUAAGACAAACUUUUGGAAGUACGAGAGUGAAUGGACAAAUCAUUUAUCGAUGGUUCUUACUGGGGCUGCAUUCUAUCAUAAAUAUUGGAAUUACGUUUAUACAACUAAGCUACCAAACGAUAUGAAGGAGUGGGUUGAUUUUCAUAUGAAUUGUGAAGAUAUAGCUAUGAACUUCCUUAUAAGUAAUAUAACUAAAAAAUCUCCUAUAAAAGUAACAGCUAAGAAAAAGUUUCGCUGCCCUGAAUGCGUGAACACUGAAAUGUUAUCAGCUGAUUUAACUCAUAUGGUUGAAAGAACACAGUGCAUUAAUGAAUUCACAAGAUUAUUCGGCCAAAUGCCUUUGAAGUUGGUGGAAUUUCGCGCAGACCCUGUAUUAUUUAAAGAUAACUUUCCAAAUAAAUUAAAACGCUUUAACAACGUUGGAAGUUUGUAAUUACGUGUUACUAGUGUAUCAUUUUAUAUAAUGUACAAGUUCAAAUACAAAAUAAAUGUAUAAUUUUGUAAAAAAAUAAAAUUCCAUCUUCUAUAA